AAGCUAGCCAAAAGAAACAAAAUAAAAAAGGUUAAAUGCUCAUUUUGGUCCCUCAACUUUAGUGGUUUGCACAUUUUUGGUCCCUUGAGAAUUUUUUGCACUUUUUUGAUCCCUCAACUAUACGAAAUGCACUCCCUUUCUUCUAUUGCCAAGAGAUUGUUUACAAGCACAGAAAAAUGCCUCCUGCGGUUUCCAGUAUCCAAAGUUGGACCCGACCAUUACUCGGGCUUCUAAACAUCCUCGUCUCUGUGUUCGGUUCCUUCCUGCAACUAAGAUUCCAAUCAGCGGAGGCUUCCCCUUUCGACACGCACAGGCUUCACAUCUUGGCAUUUUUCACUGUCAUCGUCAUCUGUGCCGUAUCACUGGGAAUCGAAAUCAAACUCGAAGCUGCCGGUGCAGAUUGCCCCGCUGUUGUGAGCACAAUCUUCCUCCUCGCCGGAUCUCUAGCUCUAAUCCUGCUGCUUUUGAUUAUCGAGCCUUACGUUGGAUGGUCGUUGCUUAUCGUAUGGUUCCUCUACUUUGUAAAGCUGGCUUGCGAAUCCUACAAAGAGAUCCGUGAUUCAAUUGUGUCUGCAGUGGAGCCUGCAGCUAACUUUCUGAAAUCCAAAUUCAACUGCAAUAGCAAUCAGAACGGAGAUGCAAACCAGUCUCCUAGCGUUUAAGCCAAGAGUUUCUCAGUCCAUUUUGCAUUUCGUUAUUCUCUAGCUCUUAGGUUACCUUUUUUGUGAUUAACAAAGUGAAUGGAAAAGGCAUCUCAGAAAGCAAUGUUGUAAGAAGAGAGUAAAGUGCCCAAGCUCUAUGUUAACUGUUUGUUUUGCCUACUAGCAAUAAAACUUUGCACAAUUA